AUCAAUCUUUUUUUUAUUAUUUUUUUUAUAUGUGCAUGUAAUCGAUGGAUGUGAGAACAGAGUGAAAACGCUCCACUUCACGCUGCUGAGAGUUUGAGGGGGCUGUAAUACGCCACUGUAACAAAGAGUUGAAAGAAAUGAUGAAUAAGAGCGGAGAGCCCGGUGCGUUCACAGGCACGUUGUGCUGGGGCACAGCAUCACGGACGGACAAACUGCUGUGUGCAAGUUGAGCUGCACGUCCGUCAGUCUGUCUGUCACGAAGCGUCGCUCAGGACGGAGCAUCUCCGACAGCAGCUCUCUCCUCUCCAAAGGAACAUUUAUCUUCUUUCUGAUAAGCACGAACAAGUCUGCAGUGAUGGACAGGACACAAGACAUAAUGGCUUUGAUCUGUCUGUUAUUUCUCAAACUGCCAAAGUUUGAUAUGGCUAGUGGAAAAAUCUUAGAGGAGACUUAUCAGAAGUGGGUUCAGUAUAAAGAAGACUGUGUCGAAAUGAUAGAAAACCAGCCGCUCCCUCAAGUGGGCCUGUUCUGUAACAGGACUUUUGACAGAUACGCCUGCUGGCCAGAUACUCCCGCCGGCUCUAUGGUCAACAUCUCGUGUCCUUUCUACCUGCCCUGGUACGACAAAGUGUCCCACGGAGUUGUGCGUCGGCGGUGCGGCUCUGAUGGCCUCUGGGAGGGCGAGAACAGCGGGCAGGUGUGGAGGGAUAUGACACAGUGUGAGGAAGAAAAAGAGGUGACAUCUCAAGAGUUGUGGUUCAAACAACUGAUGGUGAGCUUCAGGAUGUUGUACACUGUCGGCUAUUCCUUGUCCCUCUUCACGCUCAUAACGGCUUUUAUCAUUCUCCUGAGCUUUAGGAAACUACAUUGCACCAGGAACUUCAUUCAUGCAAACCUUUUCCUUUCGUUCAUCCUGCGAGCUGUAUCUGUCAUCGUUAAGGACACCAUGCUAGAGCGCCACUGGGGACGAGAAAUCAUGAAACAGACCGACGUGAGUGAAAUGCUCAGUCACCAGGCUGCUUUUGGCUGCCGGAUAGCACAGGUGAUGAUGCAAUACUGUGUCCUGGCCAAUCACUAUUGGUUCUUUGGAGAGGCAAUUUAUCUGUACUCUGUGCUCAUAGCCUCAGUGUUCAUCGACAACAACAAGCACUUGCCUUACAUCUGUCUGGGCUGGGGAACACCACUUUUAUUUGUGGUUCCUUGGGUAGUAAUGAAGCUGUUGAAAGAAAACAAAGAGUGUUGGGCUGUCAAUGAGAACAUGAACUAUUGGUGGAUCAUUCGUUUCCCAAUUCUGUUUGCUUCACUAAUCAACUUUCUGAUUUUCAUGAAGAUCCUGAAGGUCAUUCUUUCCAAAUUACGAGCCAGCAACCAGAGUGGAUACCCGGAUUACAAACUUCGGCUUGCAAAGGCAACCCUGACCCUCAUUCCUCUGUUUGGGAUUCAUGAGGUCAUAUUCAUCUUUGCUACAGACGAGCAGACAACAGGCGUUCUGCGCUACAUUAAAGUUUUCUUCACCCUUUUUCUCAAUUCAUUUCAGGGCUUUCUGGUGGCUGUGCUCUACUGCUAUGCUAAUAAAGAGGUGAGGACUGAGCUGAGGAGGAAGUUACGCAGCUGGAGGAUGGAGGCGGAGGUUGUAUGCUGUGGACAGUGACUAGCCAUGCUUGACUCUCGAGUGGACACUUUUUCCAUCGCCACAGUGCCGGAGCGCAACAGAUCCUCUGCCACAACGAUGAGGGCCAUGCCUGACGGUUCACCCACUCCUGACAGUUCACUGAUUUUCAGACGUCAAGUUCAGCCAACCUCCCCACAACCUGAUGCUUCUUUGCUGCACUGUCCAUCAGUGGUAAACAGAGAUAACACCCUGCAGCGUGGGGAUCAGGAUGAGACUGGACAGUCGUCUGUGGCAAUGCGUAUGUCCUUCCUCAUUCAUCUUCAAGACCCUGUGGAGUUGCUCCCACAUGUUGUAAAUAUAGAUUCAGACUGAAUCGCUACAUUGUUGCAUUCACUGCACUUUUUUUAAGAUUACAUGUGGUUCAUUGUGAAUAUGUAAAAUUGUGAAUAAGUAAUUGUUAUUGUGUAAGCUUUAACAUUGUUAAUAUGUGAAUAAGUGAUUGUGAUCAUUUAGGAUUUAAGACAUCUGUAAAAAAUUAAAAGGAUAUUUGUUUAUAUUAACUCUUUUAAUGUGUGAUGGCAGCAGUGCUUAUGUACUACAGAGUG